AAAAUGGUGAGGAGUGCGCUACGGAAAUGUUCGAUUGUUAUUUGUUAUUUUAUGAUGUGCCCGAGAAGGACGAAUUUCGCAUCACCACCAAUACAAAAACUUAAACCAGAAAUAAUCCCUAUUCAAAAUGAUGUUAUACAGUCUGACUCCGCUUCAGAUGAUAUUGAAACUAUAGUUAAAGUAAAAAAUGUAGAAACGACUAAAGAUGAACCAGGGUUCGAUUUGACUGAUGAAGAAAUAAUCAAGUUUAAUAUUUGGCCUCAAGGCGUUAUACCUUAUUAUAUUGAUGUUUAUUCAUAUAACGAUAAGGUACUCCGAGAUAAGAUUCGUGGAUUCCUCAAUACAGUCAGCAGUAUUACUAGUUUGAAUUUCUUGGAGUUGCCGAGCCCGCCGAAAGACGAAGAAAGCAGAUGGGUGUUUUUCCUAAAUCGCCGAGGAUUACUUGGAUGUUAUGAUCACUCUACCAAAAACUUUACCAAUAAAGGUGUUCAGAAAGUAACUCUGGGCUAUGAUUGUAUGAGCACUGGAGGCGAGCUAGCAGAAGCAGUAUUAGCCAUCGCCGGUGUUCCACCACAGCACAACGCUCCCGAUAGAGAUAAAUACAUACGUGUUGUUGAACAGAAUAUUAUGCCAGAUAAAAGACAUCUGUUCACGAAAUUAAAUAACAACGAAUGGCUAUUCCACGAUAUAGAAUACGAUUUUGCGAGCGUUAGCCACUACCAUUCUCAUAAGUAUUCUCUCAACGGACAAGCAACCAUAGAAAUGCAGGAAAAUUAUGAAGAAUAUUCCGUAGGGGAAAGUUAUACGUUCAGCGCAAAAGAUAUUUUAAAAAUUAAAAUGCUUUACAAUUUUAUCACAAAAAAGAAACACAACAUUUCUGAAUGCCACAAACUUUUUGAACCAGGAAGCAAUUUUAACAGGUACAAACCAGAUAAAGUGGCUAUUUCACCUCGUAAAAAACCUAAUAAAUACACAGGCAAAUCAAAUGCUAUUGAAAAAGAUAAUAAAACAAAGCACAGAUUGACUGGUCCCCAAAAAUCCGAAAUAGAAGAAACAUUAGGUGCGGAUGAUAUAUCUAGUUCUAUACAGGAGGACCUAGAAGUUACUACUAACAAUCCCGACGAAUCAGGUGAUGAAAACCUAUCCACUAAAAAUCUCACAAGUCUAAAAAAUCUACUGAAAUAUAGAGGAGACCCGCUUACAUAUUUAUCGGAUUACAAAUCUAGUGCCGAAUACACGCAACAGCUAAAGUUACAAUCUAAAAACGAACUAGCAUUUAUAAAACCUGGGGAUAAACACAGAGAUUCACUAAAAAUUAUAAAGAAAAAAAUCAGGGGAUAAAAUAAGUUUAAUAUUAAACAUUUAAUACAUUAUCUAUCACAUUAUAGGCAUGUUUGUAUGUUUCGUUUAACGUAACAUGUUUCACAUAUGACUUCGCAACACCAUUUGAAUUGA